GACUUGUUCAAAGUAGCCUUGUUCAUGACUUGUUAACAGUAACCUUGAUCAGGACCAGUUCAUAGAAGCCUUGUUCAAGAACUGUUUCCAGCAGCCUUGUUCAGGACUUGUUUGACGAUGAAGAGAUAUCUUUGUGUGUUGUUUCUACAUUUCACUAUCGUAACAGUACAAAGUCAAGGUUUCGACUGCCCUACUAACUGGACAGGACCAGAUUGUAAUUUUCUUUGCUUUUGUCAAGAUGACAGGUGUCAUACCACAGGAAAAUGUGAAGAAACUUUUAACUGUAAAGAUGGAUACUUUGGAUUUGCCUGUCAAUACAGUGAUAUAGCUUUUUUUAAAGAGAAUGGCACCACGUCUGUGCUGACUGAUAAUGAUGUAAGAACCUGCAUCCAAGACCAGACCACGAGUAGUGUGACAGUACCAAUGGUGGCCAAUCGAUUCACCUUUCUCCAUGCUGUGUUUACAGUCUCAGGUUUAGCUGAUGUGUUGAAGUUAAGCGACAUAACUUUGAAGUUCAAUACCAACGUCAAGUGUGCUGACAUCAAGUUUAUACCUCUCGACAGCAUCACGUUAGAGAUUUACUGCAACAACUCAGAGAGUAACUUGACGUCUGUGACUUUGAGCGGUACCAACGUAAAUUCGCUAUGUGACGUCCACGUCAGCGGAGGGCGCAAUGUCGCUGUGAAAAAGCCAGUGACUGCUUCCUCCACUUACAUACUUUACAGAGCAGAUAAGAUCGUGGAUGGGCGAAACCAGUACGAUCCUUUUAGUAACCAGUACUGUUUUCACAGCAAUACUAAUGACAGAUCUCCCCAUGUCAAUAUCAGCCUGGAUCAGGAUUUUCUGUUGUAUCGCUUUAAGAUAUUUAACAGAAAAGGUGUCCUUGCAUUGCGGGCGAAGUAUUUUAAAAUUGACCUGUUCAAUGUGAACAACUUGAUCGUCUGGUCCUACCAGGACACAGAGGAAGGGGAGAUAUCAGUCUAUGACGUCAUCUGCGGCUACCAAUCAACAGUACGCUCGCUACGAUUUAUGAUCACAUAUGGCACAACCCCAUUUCUGAGUGUUUGCGAGAUCGAAGCCUAUGGAGACUGCUUGAAAACGAAAUAUGGACUAGGUUGUUUGUCCACGUGCAGCUCACAAUGUAAAAACUCGUACUGCAACAUUGAAGGCCUCUGCUUGGAGUGUAGAGAUGGUUUCUAUGGACUAGACUGUGCCUCAGAGUGCCCGGAGGGAUGUCGUAGCCCUAGGACCUGUGAUCGACUAACAGGCUUCUGUACCUCAGGCUGCGACCUCGGUUACUACACAGGCUUUUGUGACAGCUUUUGUCCGGAUAAUUGCAACAAGAAGCUGGCGUGUGAUAUCAAUACAGGCGACUGCAUUAACGGGUGUGAAGUCGGCUUCCAUGGCAUUGUAUGUUACGAAAGUUGUCCUAGAUAUUGCAAGGCCAAUCUUGGUUGCGAUCAAAAUAGUAGCGAGUGCGUUAACGGAUGUGCAGUGGGACUUUAUGGCAGUUACUGUAACAAUACUUGUUCGGGCAGGUGCAAAAAGAAUCAAGCCUGCGAUCAAAACACUGGCAGUUGCAUUAAUGGAUGUGAAGCGGGCUUUCGUGGCAGUUACUGUAACAAAACAUGUCCGGAGCAUUGCAGAAUGGAUAAAGGAUGCGCACAGAAUACAAGCGAGUGUAUUUACGGAUGUGAAAUUGGUUAUUAUGACUCUUACUGUAACAGAACAUGUCCGGAAGAUUGCAAGAUUGAUCAGAGCUGUGCUCAGAAAAAUGGGUUUUGCAUCAGCGGAUGUGAAUAUGGCUUCCACGGGAAUACGUGCAGAGAGAUCUGCCCCGACAACUGUAACUCUUCAACAACGCCUGCCUCUUGUAGUCAAGCCACAGGGCUCUGUGAGAGCUGUCUAACAGGCUACUAUGGGGACACAUGUUCUAUGGUCUGCGAUGGGCGCUGUAAUUCUCCUGAACCUGGCAGUUGCAAUCGUGUGACGGGGCUCUGUGAUGACGGCUGUGAGGUUGGAUACUACGGGAUAACUUGUUCUUUAGAAUGUCCAAGCAACUGUUUGCCAAAUACCAGCUGCAAUCAAACCACUGGAAUCUGCACCGACUUUUGUAAUGUCAAAUAUUAUGGCAGAAAUUGUACCCAAGAAUGUCCUGUGAACUGUGAUGGAUGCGAAAGAUGGUCUGGUUUUUGUAACAAAGGCUGUAUCAAUGGAUUCUUUGGCAGCAAUUGUUCGAAUGGCUUGCAAAGACCUUCUUUCAGUGAACAGUACCAGGAAAAUGAAGAAGAGCCAGAAAUAGAAAGCAAAUGGAAGAUAACAUAA